GCCGAGCCGGGGCUACGACCCCAGUGCUGUCACCCCCCCCGAAAAAAAGCUGGGCGAGCCCCCCCGCGAAGGGCCGCAGGGUGCCGGGCUGGACCGGACCGGCAUCUCUCUGCCGGCACACGCCAGCGCCGGGGCUGCGGGAAGCGAAGGGUCCCCGCGCCGUGCCGGGGGGGUUGUCGGACCCCCAGGGUUUGGCAAGGGACCCCCCCCGUUUUCAGCCGGACGAGCGGCACAGCCGCGGUCCCGGUUGGAGCAGCGGCGGAGCCGGGAGCAGCAGGUGGGGGGGGCACGGGAACGCUGCCAAGGUGGGGGAUGUCGGCGCGGGGGCUGAGGCCACGCUCCCCUUCACCCCCCCCCCGGGCUUUUCGACAGCUCGGGGCCCCCUCCCCAGGGCAAGGGGAGAUGUCCCCCCGGGUCUCCGCGCCGGGGGUGGCUGAGCCCCCCCUGCAGGGGCACAACCCCCCGGCCGGUCCCGAGCAGCCCCAUCCACCCCGCCCGUGUCCCUUGAGCGUGUCCCUUUGCCCCGCUCCCAUCACGGCGCCGCGGGGCAAAGGACGGGACACGGACGGCUGCCCAGUCCUGCCGCCCACUCGGAGCCGCGGUGCCAGCCGCCCAUGGCGUCCUUCCGCAUCCGGCAGUACCGCGACCAGGACUAUGAGGCCGUGCGGAGCCUCUUUGCCCGUGGGAUCCUGGAGCACGUGCCGGCCGCCUACCGGUUCCUGCUGCGCUCGGCGCGGGCGCAGCUGGUGCUGCUGGUGCUGUUCGCCGCGGUGCGCGCGGCCACUGGCUCCUGGCUGCUGGGGCUGGCGGCCGUGGCGCUGGUGAUGGCGGCCGCCUGGCCCAUGGUGUGCUCCGUCUGCACUGCCUACGUGCAGAACGCGCUGAGCACCGACCUCUGCGACGUCGAGGGCAGCUACAUGCGGGCGCCCGACUCCUGCUUCUGGGUGGCGGAGGCCGGCGGGGCUGUGGUGGGCACAGUGGCCGUGGCGCAGCCGCAGAACCCGGCCGACCGAGGGGCGGCCCUGGAGCUGCUGCGGAUGUCGGUCAGCAAGGACUACCGCGGCCGCGGCGUGUCCAAGGCGCUGUGCAGGCAGGUGCUGCGCUUCGCCCAGGAGCGGGGCUACAGCGCCGUGGUGCUGUCCACGUCCAUGGUGCAGGUGGCGGCCCAGCGGCUCUACGAGAGCCACGGCUUCAGGAAGGUGGGGGUCACCGGCCUCUCGCCGCUCGGUGACCUGCUCUGCAUCCAGAUCUUCCGCUACCGCUGCGACCUGUCCGGCAGCACCGCGGACCCGCCGCGCUAGGGACUGCCGCGGCACGCGACCACGGCACCGCAACCCCGGCACCGCCACGGCGUCCCUGACCCCGCGCACCAGACACAGCCGCUGCUCUCCAACUCCAGCACACCGCACACCGCCCCGGCGUCCCCGACCCCGGCAGCCAGCCAGCGCCGCGGCGCCCGCCCGGCGUCGGCAGCGGGGGCCGGGAGCCGCCCCGCCAGGCUGCCGAGACCUCUGCUGACGCCUUUUCUAGUUUUUUAGCACUGAGAAAUAAAUCGAGACCUGCGGGAAA